UUCAAGUUCGUGUUAUGGAUGGAACCGUUUUUAUCUUAUUAUUGAUUUGGAAUCGCGAUGCUUUGCAGCUUAUAGGGAAGUCCGCAAAAGAACUUAAGGAAGGAUUAGUUGAGACCUCAAUUGCGGAUGCUGAUUGUUCUUAUCCAACUGAACUGGACGAUAUUGUUUAUAAAAAAUUCAUGUUCAAGGUUAUUGUUAAGAAAGAGAAUAUUGAGUCACAGGUCGAAAUCUACAAUGAUUUUAAGAUUAUUGAUGAUGAUGAACUUCUGGAGGAAUACGACAAAUUCGACGACACUAUCACAUUUUUUGAUGGACAAAGCUCAAGUGGAGAGAAGAUUUUCGAG